AAUGGCUGGGAAUAGUUGUGUCUGCAAAAAAAAAUCUAAACAAAUAUGGCGACACCUUUGCUAGAGUCCAACAUUUGUCGUCUUUGCACUGCAGAAUUUGACCAUGGUUUCAACAUAUUUGAAUCCUCUAAUUUAUCUCCACAAUUGGACACCAUUAUUAACCGAUAUUUGCCGCUAAAGGUCCUUGAUGAUGGAAAGUUACCCCGUCAUAUCUGUCAGUCAUGCAGUCAAACAGUCAAAGAUAUUUCAACAUUCUUUGAUGUGUUGAUAGCUGGACAAAGAAGGUUACGGGAAUUAUGGAAAGAAGAGACAGAACGACAAAGAAAAGAAAAAAGAUUAUCAGAAAAGGCUGUGUACUAUCAAGAUGUGAAUAUUGACAUUCCUGAAGGAGUUUCAUUCUUUGAUGGCAAUCAUACAAUCAGUUUAGCCAUAGAGGGUAGAGAAGCACCACGUCGAAAACCGGGGCGUCCUCGAAAGCCGAAACCCACGGAAGUUGAACUUGAAUUUUUGAUAACGAGUGAUACUCAUAAGACCAAUGAAGAGCAGCCAGCACCUGAAGAUAUCGUUGAUCCCGAACAAGCUUUAGAAUUGAUGUUCAAAGAAGCAGAAGAGAAACGCCAGACAACUGGGGACGUUUCCGGCAUGCGUCGUCGUCGACGUUUACCGCAGAGAUUCCCAGGCGAAGUACAAGGUAAAGAACUAGAAGCUAUCUUGAAAGAUGAAGGAGUAAUUGAACCAGAUGAAGAAAACGAAGAAAAUCUUGAAGAAGAAGACGAGGAUGUAGAGCUACAAAUAAAUCGAGAAACUCAAAACGAACUAGAAAAAGGAAGCGACGAAGAAAAUGCCAUGAGCAUGAUUUUGGAAGAAAGCGAAGUUGAAGAUAGUCGCAACUGUAUACGAAGCAGUGCGUUUAAGGUAAAGAUGAAGAGCAAAGUUGGUCGUCCAAAAAAACGCCGUUUCGUCUGCGAGUAUUGCGGAAAGUCAUUUCUCCAUUCUGGUCACUUUGCACACCAUAUUCGUACCCGGCACGAGCAAUCUCAGUUCAUAUGUUUGACUUGUAAAAAGUCGUUUGUAACGAAGGAAGAGCUGAAUAAUCACCAAAAGGAAGUCCAACAUACAGGGGAAGGAAUUUCGGAAGUUCCAAUUAUGGAAGAGACGGAUCGCGAACUAGACGAAUCAGCAGAGCAACAGGUUGAACUUAAAUGUGCGUCAUGUGAAAAAAGUUUUUCCCACCAAUCGGCCUUAACGAAUCAUAUCGUCGCCCAACACAUUACAGAAAAUAGUAACGUAUGCGAUUUAUGCGGCAAGACCUUCUCACACCCUAGCUCAGUGAUCUACCAUAAAGAGGUAGCCCACAGCAAAAGUGCGUAUAUCUGCACCAUUUGCAAUAAGGGCUUUAAACACAAGCAGCUUCUCCAGCGACAUAGUUUAGUUCAUUCAGAUGAUCGGCCUUUCAUUUGCGAUGUUUGCGGCGCAACAUUCAAAACUAGAGCAAACUUGUACAAUCACAGUAAUAUUCACAACGAAGAAAAACCAUUCCAGUGCACCUAUUGCGACGCCAAGUUUUCCCACAAAACAUCUUUGAUCCUACAUACUCGCUGGCAUACGGGCGAAAAACCUUAUACAUGUAAAUACUGCGACAAAAGCUUUUCACAGGGCGGAAAUCUCCAGGAGCACAUGCGGAUCCAUACAGGAGAAAAACCAUUUAGCUGCGAAGUUUGCUCCAAACGCUUCACUACAUCAUCGCAGCAUCGACUGCACAUGAAGAGACAUACAGGAGAGCGACCGUGGAAAUGUGAGUACUGCGGGAAAGAUUUUCUUCAUAAAGAUUCAUGGAAAUGCCACCUUCGUCGACACCGUGGGGAAAAGCCAUUCUCCUGUCCUGUCUGUCCACGAACUUUCACUGAACAGUGGGCUCUCAAAAAACAUGUUCGCCUUCACACAGGCGAAAAACCUUAUGCAUGCAACAUUUGCAGCAAGUCUUUCUCGGACCUAUCUAAUCUGCAGAAACAUAAGAAAAUCCACAAGAAUCUCCAACCACCUAUAAAUGAUGUAGCUAUCUUGGGCGACACGACAGUGUCUGCUUCCGUCUCCAAUGAUGAAGACGGAGAGGAAAAUGCAGUCUCUGCUUUGACUGAUGGACAGCACAUCUUUUACGUGACGGCUGACCAAACCCAGCUUGUAAUUAGGACUAUUGGAUCAGAAGAGGCUGGCCUGAUAUCAGAUGGCAACAUUGAGUAUUCAUCAAUGAUUGACAAUGAUGUUGCCAUGGUACAUCUGGAUGAAGAUGAAUCACAACAAUUGAAUGUCGAAUUACAACCAGAACAGACAGGUGAUUCUGAAAGCGUCCUAGCUAUUGUAGGAGAGGACAGCGCAGAUGAUGUACAACAAGCAAUCGAAAUCACUACAGAAGAUGGUCGCCGCGUCACCUUGCUUAUUCCAGCUAACGGUGAUCCUUGUGAAAUAUCUCCUGAUUAUUAGAAAGCGCAGAUUUAGGCCAUUUUUGUCAAAAUUUGUUUGGGUUUUUUUUUAUUAUUAUCAUUAUUUUCCUUCCCCUAAAAAAAUAGCGCAUUGCUGGUUCAUUUGAUCGUCGUCUUUUAAUGCCG